AUGUGGGAUGGCUCCGUGCAGAUGGGAUGGCUCCGUGCAGGUGGGAUGGCUCCGUGCAGGUGGGAUGGCUCCGUGCAGGUGGGAUGGCUCUGUGCAGGUGGGAUGGCUCCGCGCAGGUGGGAUGGCUCCGUGCAGGUGGGAUGGCUCCGCGCAGGUGGGAUGGCUCCACGCAGUGCCCCACUCAUCAGCUUCCCCGCACAUGCCCCUCCCAUCACAUCAUAUGCCCCUCGAAUGCCCACCCCUCACAUGCCCCCUCCUCCCCUCACAUGCUCCUCACAUGCCCCUCCCUCCCCUCACAUGCCCCUCCGCUCACAUGCCCCUCACAUGCCCCUCACCUCAUGUGCCGCUCGACUCGGCCCCAUCAUCUUCCAUCAUCCAUGUCAUCUCCCCAACCCCCUCGUCCCUCUCACCCCACCCCAGCAUCUCCACUCCACCAACCCCUCUCAACCCCUCUCUCCCACUCCCCCUCCCUCCCCCUCCGUUCCCUUUGUUGCCUGUGUGGGAGAGUAUGUCUCUCUCUCAUGUGUGCCGCGCUCAAUCAUUCGGCCCCCAAUGCUUGCUUCUGUCGUCCGUCCCCUGCUAUCGUCAACGCUGACCUUCAGCCGCGUGUUUGGCAGGGGAGACAUCAAGAUAGUGAAGCGGCGCGACCUGGCGGAGGUGGGGGGGCGGGUGGGCGAGGAGAAGCAUUUGUGA